ACGGUAAUCCUCCAGCACAUCGUCAGGUGCUAACAAGUCACGUGCUACCGUGUUCUCGUGUUGUCAAGCCACACACAUCAAAGAAUAAACAAAAAUAAACACACCGUCGAAUCUCAAGACACUUCUUCACUGCCGCUAUUUUAACUCGACACAAUUCCUCCAUAUACCAAGGUCCAUAUGUAGGACUGUUUUAUCAUGAACAUUCAAGCCCAAUCUCUUCAACACGCCACGCCUCCAGAAAGCUUCACGAGCCCACCUUUAACUCCUCCACCGACUGAGGAGAAGGCGACGAGUUCGGCGUCGCGCAUUAUAAAGCAAAUCAUAAAGGAAAUAGGGGAUCGGCAGCAGGGUCGCAGCUCAACAGACGUACCUUGGGCUGGCUAUACAUUAGACCCGGAAGGAUACCAGGUAUUACUGGAUCAGCUUCAAAGUGACGACUCCCUCUGGGGUUUUUUGCAAGACAAACUUCGAUACGACUACUUCCCUUCUGCAAACCAGUUCGUUCUUCGAAUGCCCACCAUCGUGCAUGAACGAUUCAUCGCUCAAAUCGUCGAAGAAAUACAAGUGCAGCUGAAAUCCGUCACUGGCGAGUCGGCACAAUUCGCAAACAAGAUUGGCUCCUACGGCUCAGCAUCAAUCACAUUCCCCGACCAAGACUACGGCAAGCAUGAUCCGGAUGCGCAAUUCCACCACUCUGAUGCGCCCUAUCCGGGGGUUGUGUUCGAGGUGUCAUAUGCGCAGAAAAGAAAAGAUCUAGCACGUCUUGCUGACGAUUAUAUUCUUGGGUCCGAUAGCGAUAUUGGCGUCGUUAUAGGUUUGGAUAUUGAGUAUAGAGGGAGUAAGAAGGCGACCUUAUCUGUGUGGCGGCCGAACGUCAUAACAAAUGACGUUGGAGAGAAAGAAUUAGUCGCGGAGCAGGUAGUCACAAAUCAGGUCUUCCGCCACAGCAAUGGGGAUCCGGGCAAAUCAGGCCUUCAACUCCGCCUACGAGACUUUACUACAGCAGCCCUAGCGGAAGGAAGGCUCCGCGAUCCGAUUGAUAUCUCUGCUGCUACCCUGUGUACUUUUCUCGAGCACGCAGAGGAACGAGCGUCUUUCAUUAAGCGGCAAUCGAGUGUUGUUUCCUCUGCGAAACCUUGGACGAGGAAACGGCGUCGGGAAGCCACGCCGCCGGAAGGGCUCAGACGUAUGGAUGAAAAGAGGUUUCGAACCGAUGAGAAUAAAGUAGAGGAUCAAGCGACAAAGGACGACUCCUCGUAUAAGACUGGCUCUACGUCCGGGGUAGAGAGCAGUUGAUUCGGACAUUCUCGGGUUAAUUUGCCGCGUUAGGUCUUUGCUCUGCCCUUGAGCUGUCAAGUGCCAAAAUCGAAGAGACGAGCGCAAGGUGUCUGAAAUCUAGCCUCAAGCGUCGCACACUCGGUGUCUGCAACCGUGCCGGCUGUGAGGCUGCGAAAUGGGGCAAGGGCAUAAAUGGUAAUUUAGUUCCUGUAGGCGUCGCUUGGAAAAUCUGCCAAUCAUCAACUAGAUGCGGUCUAUGUCAGAAGGAUUUGGUGGUUCAGGAUAAAAUGAGAACACUAACAAUCAUGUCUUGCCACAUAGCAGUGAUUUCUUCUGCAGUUUUCUGGUCGCCUAAUACAGAAUUCCAACUUCUUGCCAUGCCAGCA